UAGGCCUUUUGAAAACGUGGGAUUUUUAUGUAAUGUUAGUAAGACUUUGCCUCCCUAAACUUUGGUGCCAAGAUUCUUAGCUGCAAAUACAAUAGGAGUUUACAUUUUAAGAUCAAAUUACCAUAUCAUUGACUGCUGGGUAGUAUUCAGCCAUACUUUUGUCCUACAUAAAAGUAAUUACUUCAGCAACUUAUAAGCUGUUCUAUUUUCUCUCUGUCUUUAAAUACAAGUUUUGUAAUUUACAGAAGUAUCUAUCCUUUUUGCCGAAAUGCUCACAUCUCAAAAAAAAAGUCCUAAGACAAACACCAGAUUAAAUAACGUUUGCUAAGUUUGCUGUGAUCAUUCCAACACUGCAUCUUAUCUUUUGAAAUGUAUUAUCUGUUCUCCCCCAUCCAAAGUUGGCCUCUAACCUUCAGGAAGCUGUUCUUAUUUACCAGUGUUCCUUGUGCUCUUCUCUGAACUCUGUUAGUCCAAAUAAUUUAACUUUACCUUCUGUUAUACUCUUGAUUAUUUCCUGGGUAUUAGUGUUUUCUCUGUAACCAGUCUGCAAACAUCUUGACAUCUAGAGUUAGGUUUGUUACUCCUCAGUGCCCUUCAUAUCACUUUGUAGUGCUUAUCAUCACUGAAUCAUUAAAGGCCUUCCUUCCCCAAAGGACCUUGACUUUAGGCUGUUAACUAAAGCAUUCUUUUUUUUUAGUUCAACUAUCACAAAAAAAUAUUCAGAUCGGAAUUCCUAUGUCAUGAAGAGUUUGUAAGCUAGGCUUUCUUGAUCUAUCCAGAAGAGGAUUUGAUGCUGGAAACUGAAGAUAUCAGUCAAAGAUAGCUUGUUGAAAAUAGUUCGUUUCUUCUGAUGAUAAAAUUAGCAUAUGCCUUUUAAGAAAUAUAGGUAAGACUAGGGAAGAAAAUAAAGAUUUAUCUCACUAGUCAAAAAUACUAACCACUAUUAACAUUUUGGUUUCUCUCCUUCCAUUUUGCCCCCUCUUAUGCAUGGGGAAAUUUUUUUCACUUAAUAUAUCAUGGACAUCUUUUCCAUGUCAAUAAAUAUAAAUCUACAUGACCACCUUUAAUAGUCACAUUGUAUUCUGUUGCAUAAAUGGACCAUGUUUAAUUUAAUCCAGGCUCUAUAAUACACAUUAAUUUAGAAGCAAUGUUUUGCUGUUAUACACAGUACUAUGAUGAACAUCUUGAUACAUAUUUUAGUUUUACCCUGUUAUUUUCUAAGGAUGAGUUUCUGGAAGUGUGAUAGGUUAUGUGAUAGGUUGUACAGAAGGUAAGCAUAUUAAAAAUUGUAAUACCUGUUAUCAAUAUGCCCCCAGAAGAUUAGUACCUAUUUAGAUUCUCCCCAGCAGUAUUCAUGACCUUUUCUCCUCCCCUUUGUUAGCAAAGUAUCCUCAGACUUUCAUUUCUGCCAGUCUGAUAGUGGUAAAGUCUUAUUUUUAAUAAUUUUUAUUUCGCUAAGUAGUAAUGAAGUUAUUUUUACAAAUAACUAUCCUCUUCUGGAUAGAUCAAGAAGGUCUACCUGCUUAUUAUAUUAAUUUACAAUUAUCCUUGCUCAUUUGUUCCAAUGUUUCUCUUAUGUAUUUAUUUUGUGAACUUUUUAUAUGUAAGGGAUAUUUACCUUUUGUCAUGUAUGUUACAAGUAAUUUUCCCAAGCUAUGUGUAUUUGGGAAAGGAUUUUUAUUUUUAAACAUUCAGAAGUUUUAGACUCAUGUGUAGAUGUAUUUUCUUUCAUUUAUGGUUUUGGCAAACUAAUAUCAUUAUAGAAAACCCUUACCCAUUCCAAGAUUGUGUAAAUAAUUGCCUACGUUUUCAUCUUGCAUUUUAAUGGAUAUUUUAAAUAUUUAAAUCUUUGAGCCAUUGGAGUUCUAAUAAAGUUAUAAUGAAGUAAUCUCACUGUAGUCAAAUGCUAAAAGGUAGUUACUUUAUGAAAACGUUAAAAUUCGUUUAAAUACCUAGGUAACUGACAGAUUUUCCCUUUUUGUGUAAACUUGUAAAUCACAAGUAUUGUUUGUCGUAAGUUUUGGGUCUAUGGUAUAAUGUAGACACUAUAUUAAAACCUGAACUAAUUAGUGAUUUGUCCCCUUUGUCAGGUAGGCCUUACUAAUACUGUGUGUGUGUGUGUGUGUAUGUGUGUGUGUGUGUUUUCCCCUCUACUGCAUUAUAAAUCUAAGGGCUGGAUCCAUGUCUGAUUCAUUUUUGUAUCUCCCAUUCCCAGCCAUCCGUGAAACAAACAGUGGUUGUUCAUCACUUGUGUGAUAGGCACUGUCACUGGAGAAACAGAAGAAUAAGUGACUCUCCCAGCCAAUGAGGGUCUUGCCAUGUGAUGAGAAAGUCAGCCAGCCACCAGUGUAAUACUGCAGCCCACUACUGUGAUGAGCAAGUACUCUGGAGAUACGAGGAUUAGGGAAGUCCUCACAGAGGAAUCAUGUUUGAUUUGUGUCAUGAGGAUUACAUAGGAACGUCAGUGACGGACAAAAAAAGUCAUUCUAUAAAUGCAGAGGAAUGCAGGACAUUUCAGUGACUUGCAGCUUGUGUUUAAGAUGGCCGGAGCAUAAGUAACAGGAAGCUUCUGACUCCAGGAGGAUCUCAUUGUUUCUGUAAUGGUGGUUGAGGACUGACCCCAGAACAUUGCCUGACCUAUGACCCGUCAGUAUGGGGAGAAUUGGCAUCUCCUGUCUUUUUCCUGCUUCCUGGCAUUUUAGCAUUUCUCCAAUGGGAUGUCCUCGAAUUUUGAAUACCAACUUACGCCAAAUUAUUGUUAUUAGUAUUCUGGCUGCUGCUGUUUCACUUUUAUACUUCUCUGUUGUCAUAAUCCGAAAUAAAUAUGGGCGACUAUCCAGAGACAAAAAGUUUCAAAGGUACUUGGCACGAGUUACUGACAUUGAAGCUACAGACACCAAUAACCCUAAUGUGAACUAUGGGAUCGUGGUGGACUGUGGCAGCAGUGGCUCUCGAAUAUUUGUCUAUUGCUGGCCCAGACAUAAUGGCAAUCCUCAUGAUCUGUUGGAUAUCAGACAAAUGAGGGAUAAAAACCGAAAGCCGGUGGUUAUGAAAAUAAAACCAGGCAUUUCAGAAUUUGCUACCUCUCCAGAGAAAGUCAGUGAUUACAUUUCUCCGCUCUUGAACUUUGCUGCAGAGCAUGUGCCACGGGCAAAACACAAAGAGACCCCUCUCUACAUUCUUUGCACUGCAGGAAUGAGAAUCCUUCCGGAAAGCCAGCAGAAAGCCAUCCUGGAAGACCUUCUGACUGACAUCCCCGUGCAUUUUGACUUCCUGUUUUCAGACUCUCAUGCAGAAGUAAUUUCAGGGAAACAAGAAGGUGUGUACGCUUGGAUUGGCAUUAAUUUUGUCCUUGGACGAUUUGAGCACAUUGAAGAUGAUGACCAGGCAGUGGUGGAAGUUAACAUUCCUGGUAGUCAGAGCAGUGAAGCCAUUCUCCGUAAAAGAACUGCCGGUAUUCUCGACAUGGGAGGCGUGUCAACUCAGAUAGCAUACGAAGUCCCCAAAACUGAAGAAGUAGCUAAGAAUUUGCUGGCUGAAUUUAACCUUGGAUGUGAUGUUCACCAGACUGAGCAUGUGUACCGAGUCUAUGUGGCCACAUUUCUUGGGUUUGGUGGUAAUGCUGCUCGACAGAGAUAUGAAGACAAGAUAUUUGCCAACACGGUUCAGAAGAACAGGCUCCUGGGGAAGCCGACUGGUCUAGCUCCUGAUACACCAUACCUGGACCCCUGCUUACCCCUAGACAUUAAAGAUGAAAUCCAGCAAAAUGGGCAGACCAUGUACCUGCGGGGAACAGGAGACUUCGACCUGUGUCGGGAAACUCUCCAGCCUUUCAUGAACAAAACAAAUGAGACACAGACUUCCCUCAAUGGGGUCUACCAGCCCCCGAUUCACUUCCAGAACAGCGAGUUCUACGGUUUUUCUGAAUUCUACUAUUGCACUGAGGAUGUGUUACGAAUGGGAGGAGACUACAAUGCGGUUGCAUUUACUAAAGCUGCAAAGGAUUAUUGUGCAACAAAGUGGUCAAUCUUACGAGAGCGCUUUGACCGAGGACUGUAUGCCUCUCACGCUGACCUCCACAGGCUAAAGUAUCAGUGCUUCAAAUCUGCCUGGAUGUUCGAGGUGUUUCACAGGGGCUUUUCGUUUCCUGUCAACUAUAAAAAUUUAAAGACAGCCUUGCAAGUUUAUGACAAGGAGGUUCAGUGGACCCUUGGAGCAAUCCUUUACAGGACCCGCUUUUUACCCUUAAGAGAUAUCCAGCAGGAGGCCUUCCGGGCCAGUCACGCCCACUGGCGGGGCUUCUCCUUCGUGUACAACCACUGCCUGUUCUCCGGCUGCUUCCUCGUGGUCCUGCUCGCCAUCCUCCUCUACCUGCUGCGGCUCCGGCGCAUCCACCGGCGCGCGCUCCGCGGCGGCGCGAUGCACUUUGAUAUUGGAGGGAAGACCCAAAAACCUAUUGACUGA